UUGCAUUUCCUCUUAUCCGGUUUUUACUGGAAAACCUGCAUGCGAUAGAGCUCGUCUCCUCCUCAAGCCCUUCCUCCAAAUCGAACCUUUGAUAUCUCCCUCCUCUCCAAGCCCACCACCGUCCAACUUUUCCCUAUCUCACUCUCACAACCAUCAGUUCAUUGCAGAAGAAGAAGAAAGAAAGAAAGGUAGGAAGGAAGGAAGAAGACAAUCACCGCCUCUGGAGCGAGUAAAAGGUUCUUUUGGUUGCAUACACUGGUUCUCUGAGGUUGGCCUGGUUCUUUUGAGAUGGGAAACAAACCUGCGAAGCAAGACAAAGAAGAAAUCCUAGUAAAAGCUAUGCCUCCGCUGGACCAGGCAGUUGUUCGGUGGCUUGCUCGAGAUGUCAAAAGGGUGCAUGACUUUGCUCCGAAGAACCCACGUGCUAUAAAACCACCUGACCAUUAUAUUGAGUACAUGCGCCUUAAUGGAUGGUUGGAAUUGAAUUUGGAUGAUCCUGAUCUGGCCCACCUUUUCAAGUAAGAGCUCCCUUUCUCUGACUAAUGUCUCAGAUUAUAUCCUGAAUGGGGAUUUACAGUCUUUGAAGUUACUGGAUGUAAAUGCUUUCUAGAAAACGUUUCGGUUGAUUUUCUGAAGUCUGCAUGAUAUGUGUGCUUCCUUUAAAAGAAUAAAAGUGUUUAUAGCGAUUGA